AUGUUGAACAUAUUAAGGGAGUUAAACGAUUAUAGUAAAUUUUUGCCAAAAAAAAUAAAAGAAAAUGUAAACAAGGAAAAAUAUGACAUAUUAAGUGAAAUAAAGAAAAUAGCUUGUCAGAAAAAAAAUAAUUCUUACAAUGUUACAACAGUAAUUAAGUUGUUUAAUUCUUUUGAAACUAUUAACACGACGAAGUGCAGAUCGUUUCAUUUUUAUAUUUUCAUGAUUAAAUAUUUAUGGCAUUCACUGCAAAAUAAAAGUAUUAGUCCAAACUUAAAAUCGUACAUUUGUCAAACCAUUUCCAGUAUAUUAAAGAAUAUCAAAAAAUAUAUUUUAGAUGAUUUUUUUUUCGAGUAUGAUAAAGAGUUGAUUUUAAAAGACGAGCAGGAAGAGGCAGUUAAUUGGAAAGGGAAAGAAAAAGGAAAUGACAGUGAUAUUACUAAUAAUUCUUAUGAAAAUAUGAGUGAACAUUGCUAUGAUGAAUAUAAAAAUAUGCAUGAAGUAAGUGAUAUGGAUAGUAGUAAUAUAAAUGAAAAUAAAGUGCAGAAUAUUUUAGUGAAUGAUGCCUAUUAUAUAUCAUUUAACGGAAUAUUUGAGAAGACUAAAAAUUAUGGUCCUUUUUUUAAUGAGGAUAUAUUAAUAAAUGGAAAGAAUGAAAGUUUUCGUUUAUAUAUACAAAAAUGCAUAUUAGAUAUUAUCGACUAUAAAUAUUUAUUUAAUGUAUUAUACAACUAUUUAAGUAAUAAUUUUACAAAGCAUGAUGAGUAUAGUCAUAAUACGUACAAAAAUUAUAUCGGUUCUAUGUUAAAUGUGUUGGUAAAUUUAAGACUCUUUUGUUAUUAUAACAUUGAUGUGCAUAAUUUGUUAGUAGAUUUUUCGUUAAAUAAUAUGUACUCUAUCAAGUAUGAAGAUUAUAUUGAUAAAAGAGAAACGUGUUUUCGGGAAGAUACAAAUUAUUUUGAAAGGGAUUCAAUGAUAUUCUUAAUAAAUAAAAAAUUGAAUGAAAAGGUCAGCGUACCAUUGAAACAUAAUAACUCGUAUGAAGAAACUAGUUGUUGUACAGAUAUGAAUGAUUACGUUAUAGGAAAAGAGGAUGACGAAUUUUCAAAUAUAGACAAAUCUGUAUGUUCCAUUGGUAAUUUAGAAAUAUGUAUACGAUAUAAUACUAUAUUUUUAAAUUUUGUAAUGUUAAAUCAGUUAAGUUCAGACGACUUAUGUUUUAAAUUAAUUAAAUAUAAUAAGAUACUAUAUUUUUAUAAAAAGAUAAAAAGAUUCAAUUGGCAUAGUAUCAAUUAUGCAUUUGUAAAAAUAAUUUAUAAAGGAUUAAGAUAUGCAUAUAUUUAUAAUAUGAAUUUAGAAAAAGAAAUGAGAGAAAUACUGAAUAUCCUUUUUUUUUUAUUUCUGUUUUAUAUAAAAUUACCAAGUAGUGUUCAGCUAAAUUCAUCCAAGUAUUUUAUACCUGAUGAAUAUACCAUACUUAUUAAUGAUAACGACAGUGUUAUAAAAGUAAUUUCAAAAAUUUUUGUCUUCUUAUUGAAUAGAAAAUAUAAGAAGGAAACGGCUAAAGGAGAAAAGGAUAGAAUACGAAAUAAAGAAAGGGAAAAGGAAUUGUUAAAUACUUUUCUUACCAAUCUAAAUGAAAGAAAUUUCAAUUUAACAGACUUUGAUGAAAAUAAAGGGGAGGAUAUAUUUGCCAUAUUUGAAAAUAUAGAUACGCAUGAUUUCUUAAAUAUUAUUACUUCUUUGUUUAUGCCUCAUAUACACCCGUCUAAUGUGGGAAAACAUAUAGGAAAUAUAAACUUAUUUAUAAAUUCCUUCUUAUAUUGUUUUAUUAGAAAAAUGAAGAGAGAAGAUAUUUAUUUAAAAAAAUUACAAGCCAGGUGUAACGAAGAAGAGGGUAAUAGGACUGUUGGGACUAUACCAAAUGGCAAUGCAAAAGAACAAGAAAAUAAUAUGAACGAUUAUAUAACCAAUUAUUUUAUCUCUGAAGAAGAUAAAAAUUUUGUUGUUGAAAAGUUUAUCAUGCUAGCUGUACAAGGUAUGUUUCCAAAAAGUAAUAAAGGAGUUAGUUUAUUUGAAAAUAUAUUAAAGCAUAUAUGUAUUAUUGAUAUAAACUGUUUAGACAUUUUUGUAAAGAAAAUAAUGGAGUGCCUCUUUAAUGUUAAUACUUCAACACAAAUUUGUAAUUGUUUAUUAUCCUUAUGCUUAUUACUUCCUUUGUUAAUAAAACAAAAAGCAACCUAUCUAAAGGAUAUAUUAUAUGUCAUGAACAUGGGUAUUGAUAUAUGUGAUAUAUAUAAAAGUUUUACUAUAUUUUCCUUUCUAAGUAUUUUGUUUUCAUAUAUACCUAUUGUAAAGUUUGAUAGUGAUAUAAGCGGUAGCGACUAUUUGUUAAUAGUUAAGGAGUAUAAUAAAUAUGAUAAAUUUGUAAAUUGUCCAUCGGAUAGCACUGAAAAGAAUGACAUAUACGAGUGGAAAUCACAUCAGAGAAAGGAAGUUCAAAUGAAUGAUGAACAGAUCAAAGGGUUGAUAACAGAGAGAAAGGAAUUAGUUGACUACCUAUGCUAUUGGGUACACGAUUUUUUUGACAAAAUUUUGUACUUUAUAAAAUUUACCAAGAAUGAAAAGUGCAAAGAUAGUAAAAAAAAUAAUGGAGAUAAUAAAGACAACAAGAUAGAGAAUGAUAUAUAUGUAGGAUUAAAGGCAACUAUUAUUUCGUUGUUUAUUCAUUUAGAUCAUUCAAUACUGUAUGAACUGUGUCAUAAAUUUUUAAAUAAUAUAGAACAGGAAAAUGCAAAGUCGUUGUCCAUUAUUCCUUAUGCUAUGGGUUUGGUAAAUAGUAAAAAAAUUUUCGAUACUCUUUUUAAUGCGUUUUAUAAAAAAUUGAUAACAAAAAAAAAAAAAAAAAAAUCAGUUGAAAAUGUUUUACUGAAUGAUAAACAAAUGGAUGAAGAUGCAAAUGGAAAAGGACAUGAGGAGGAAUUUUUUGUGUAUACAAAAAAUGAGUAUGCAAAUGAUGAUACUAUUAAAUGUUACUUACAGUUUUUAUCAAGUUUAAUUAGAAGAGCGAAAAACGAAUUUUUAAAUGUAGAGGAUAUAUAUAAUUUAGUUCAAAUAUACCUAGUUGAAGAUAAUAAUACCAUAUUCAAAUAUGUAUGCAAAAUUAUAUAUCGAUUUUUAGAGAAUAAUUUUAGCCUUACAAUAAAAGAUUUUUCAUGUUUUCAAGUAAAAGAGAAAAUGAGUUCUAAGGAUAAAAUUCUAACCCUUGCACAUUGGGGUAUUCCAUGGCAUCUAAUAAUAAAUGGUAAUGGAAAUAAAUCAACAGAUGAGGGUGUCUUGGAAGGUGCUUCACAGGGUGAGAUGAAGGACAGCUCUAGAACUGGCGCUGCGGAUGGGGGUGUGGGUGCGGCUGCGGCUGCAAUUCCGACUCUACACGACUCGGAAGAACUUGUAAAGUGGAAAAUUCCGAGCCAAGAAAAUGUAAAAGUAGGAAAGGAAUUUACCUAUUUCAUUUUGGAUUAUUUAAUAAACCUACUAAUUCAAUGUGACAUACCUAUAUUCACUCCGAACUUAGCAAAAUACAUAGAAAUAAGAAAAUUAAGGGAAAAGAAAAUAAAUUGGAAAUUCACUUUAAAUUAUUCAAAUGUAAUAUCAAGAAUAUAUAAAGGAAUAAAAUCUGUUAUAAAACCACUUAGUUUCUUAUAUCCCGACGAAAGAUAUAAUUACAGUUACUCACUAACUAAGUGUCAUGUAAUUAAUACAAAAUUGUCUUUUUAUUUUUAUAUUUAUGCAUCAGAAAUUGUUAUAACAUUAUCAUUACAUGUAUUAAGAAUUCCAAAGGAGAUAUUAAACAUGUCAUCACUUGUACAUUACAAUAGUAAUGACGAGAAAAUUGAACAUAAGUCAUCCAUCAGCUCAGUGAAUAGUGAAAAUAGUGUAAACGGGUUAAAUACAAAAGUCGUUGAUAAAAAGGAAAUGAAAAAAUUAAAAGAUGAAUUUUUCACCAAUGUUAUAAAUAACAAAGAAAAAGAUAUCAAAGCAGAUGCUAAAAUUCAAAGAAAAAUUAUUAAAAAUAUACAUUUCUUACUUUUAAAAUGUAAUGAAAAUGCAAACUCGAGUAUGUACAAUGAAUAUAUUAAUAACGUAUUGUCCUUUACAUAUAAUAUUUAUCCAUAUAGCUAUAAUUAUGAUAUUAUAAAAAGUCAAUAUAUUAAUAAUAUAUUUUAUUUGUUUAAUGAAAGGCUAAAACAAAGAAAAAAAAACUAUUGUUUCAGAGGAUUUAGAGAGCAGUUAUGUAAUAUUUUAUUUUUUAUUAAUUUGUCUAUUUAUUCUCAAGUCAGAUCCUAUGCGCAAAGUACAAUUAAAUUAAUUUUACCCUCUUUUAAAAUUGUCAAAGUCCCAUUUUUAAAAAUAUGCGCCUUUUACCUCAAAAAUUAUAUUAAGCUGUACACAUUAACCAAGGGUGCAAUGGAGUACAAAGACAGACACACAAAAAAUGAUGUAAGAGAGGAGAACGAUAUUAAUGGCGAUGAUGAUGAUUAUCAUCAUGAUAACGGAAAUGCAAACAGUAGUGUUAACAACAAUGUUAAUAAUAAUGGUCAUAACGGUGCUCACAUUGGUCAAAAUCAGGAUGAUGAUCGCAGUAGCAAAACUCAAAAUGACAGGAAAAUUUUCAAGAAGAAAAAUGACACAGAAAGCGGCAGUUUUUCCAAGUUAAGCAGCCUUAGAAGUUUGAGUGAUUUAAAUAAUAAUGAUUAUUUUGAAAACAAAUGUAUCAGUUGUUUCAAUGGAAUUAUUAUAAAUAUAACAAAUAAUUCAGGGCUGGUAAAAAAAAUUAGCACCGAUAUAUAUUUAUUGAAAAAGUACAUAAAAAUUGUGAUUAAAAUUUUAAGAUUGGAAAUACAGAAAGAGGAUAUAACAUUUAAAUGCAUGAAACUGGUUUAUGCGUUGAUUAAUGGGAGAUUUAUUAAAAAUAACAAAGAACAAAAAAAAAAAAAAAAAAAAAUGAACGAAUUAUUUUUAUUUUUGAUAGAAGAAAGUGAAAAAAAAAAUAAUGUAUAUGCACAAAUUGUUAUCUUAUCCUUUUUUAUAUGUUUUAGCAAUUUUGUCCUACAAAAUUAUGCAGAGUUUUAUUUUAAUUAUUUGUUAGAAAAUAUAUCUAUAAAAAAAAAUGUACAUGUGUAUAAUCUAGCGUUUUGUGGUUUUAUCAAAUUGUUAAAAUAUUUUAAUAAUAAUAAGGACAAAGGGUUAAUACCUGCGUAUAUAACUAAAGUUUUUAAAAGUGAAAAAACGUAUAAAAAUUUCGUUGACAUAUGCAUAUAUAAAAAUCUGAAAAGCAAAAAAAAAAGCAAUAGUGUAAAUGCAAUAAUUAUAAAUUUAUCCAAAAUUCAAAAGUCGUUUAAAGGUUUUGUUCAAAUCAGCGAAACGCAUAUAAGGGACUUUUUUUACUAUUACGUGUUUUUUAAAUUUUUAGUAAAUCUGCAAAAUGCAUGUGAGCAGGAGGGGGAAGUAGAGGCAAUGGAGGCAGGGGAAAAAGUGGGACAACAUGAAAUCUUAAUGGAACAGUAUGAAAAGCAAACCACUUCAAAUUUGGAAAAAACAAAAGAUAGACAUUGCACUAAUGAGGAGAUAAGUAGGGCAAAUAAUGCGGGUGCUACCCACAAGGUACAUAAAGAAGAUGUAAAUGUAAACGGUUAUAGGGUAAAUAAGUGUAGUUUAAAAUAUAUCGGGAUUAUGAUACCAAUUUUGAAAGAACUACAAAUGGAUGUUCUUGCAGAUAAUGAAUAUAAAGCGACGUUUAUAUCGUUAGUAUGCCCUUUGUUACUAGCAUUGAGAAAGUUAAAAAAAAAAGAAGAUGCAGAGGAAAUUUUAGUUAAUAUUAUAACAUUAUUAGAAAAAGAAAUAGCACUUGUAAAUGUAGAAGUAUUUAAUAUUUGGAUAUAUUAUUUUCACUUGUUAUUUAUAAAUAUAAAAAAAAAAUAUAUACAUAUAUAUGAUAGACUAUUUAAAUUUUGUUUAUGUUUCCAUUCUCAAGAUAUUUCGAAUUUGAUUUUUAAAAAGAAAAUACAGUUAUUAAAUAUUAUGCUUAUUUAUAGUAUUCAUAAAAAUAUAAAUCUAAUGGAUAGUAGUAUAAUGGAAUUUUUAAAAUUAAUAGAUAAUGAUAAUAUUACAGUUAGGCAAAUAGUAGGAGAUUUAUUGUCUUACCUUUUAUAUAUAUUACAUGAUCAUAAACAUUAUAGUCAUUUGAAAUAUAUGUAUUAUAACAUAUUGUUAUAUUUGUAUAAAGUCGUAACAGGGAUUAUUGAAUAUUUACAAAGUAAUGAAAUUAUAUCAAAGCAAUGUACACAAAUAUAUGCUCUAGAAACUUUAGCCUAUUUAACAAUUACUAUGUUUACGAAUAGGUGUAUGUAUGUUUUGAAUAAUUUAAGUAUUUUAUUUUUAAAAAUGUUUAUAUUAUCUGUUCAGCUAGUUGAUAAUUUCAUAAAUGGAAUUGUAAAUAAAGCUAUUAACUGUUUUUUAUGCCCAUCUUUGUAUUUAUUUCGAUUUGAAUUAAUAAAUUAUCAAAGUAUAAAGGACCAGAUAAAUUGUCAAAUUUUUCCAAGUGAACAAAUAGAAUUAAUAGACCUUUUUGAUUCAUUAUUAAAUCAGGAAAUUGGAGUUUUAAUUAUACAAAAAUUAAGUGAUUUAUUAAGUAAAAAUAAUUGGAAAAUUAGAAAUUCAGCAUUACAAUAUUGUUUUUAUUUUCAUUCAUAUUAUUGCAUAUUCAUGUAUAGUAAAAAAGAAAAUUCUUUUCUAUUAAAUGUAUUUUUAUCUUUCCUAGUAGAUAAUUAUAUUGAAAUACAGAAUUUAUCUCGGGAUAUAUUAUCGUCUGUCUUUUGUUAUUAUGAUAGCUUAACACUUCAAAAAAUUUCUAAUUAUUUUUUAGACAUAGCAAAUCAAAAAGUAAUUUUAGAUUGUUCAUCACAUGAAAAUAAUGCCAAAAUUGUAGAAAAAAAAAAGACAGUUGCUAUUUAUACCCUUAUUAGUAUAGUUAAUUCUUUUCCUAAUUACGUUCCAGAAUGGCUUCCUCACAUUUUGAUUAGUGUAGCUAAGAUGUCUAGAACAACUCUUCAUAUUAUUAAAAAAGAAAUAGAAAAAUGUAUUCAGAAUUUUUUAAGGACACAUAAAGACGAAUGGGAAUACAAAUAUAAGUUAGUUUUCACAGAAGAUCAGUUAAACAUUAUGGACAUGUACAAAGGUGGACUGAACUAUUUCACAUAG